GGUCAAUUGGCCGGGUUGGUACUCUCUCGUGGUGUAGUCGAGCCAGACGACCGCUUGCAGUGUCUAACCAACUGCAUUCCAAGAAUACAUUUAUUGGGUCAGGUAACAGAUGGAUCAGAAAAUACAGAGGCACCACAGCUGUAUCGGUCUUCUCUGAGCAACCUGAUCGUCAAAGCGGACAGCUUGCAAGAGAUGGGUAAUCUUAUUCGGAAUGUGGUCUUCUACAAUCCGCGCCUUCACCAAAGACCAGAAAAUCGUCCGGAACCGAUAGGGGUUCAAAUAAACACGUUCACGCGUUUCGACAACCGGUGCUCCACUGAGACCAUUACGGAAAAGGUCAUUCAGAUUGUGCAUCUUCCUCUAACCAAGCAAGCACUGGAUUCGCUUGGGUUAUAUUCGCCCACUCAUCCUUCCAGAUUGACCGGCUCCACCAGUCCUGUUGAGCCCAUCACUGACACUUUAUAUUCUCUGUCACUAAAGAUUGACGGUUCACCAGAUGGUUUGCAAGUGACUGAGGUUUCCGAGGCUUCAUUGUAUCAAGGCGUCUGGGUUUUUCCAUCAGCGGAUCUCUAUUGGAAGCCGAGUCAGAUCCAUAACUCUCUCGCAAUCGACCACA